AUGAGCCCGCGCUCCCUCCCCUCGCCGAACCCACUGACAGAGAGUGAUGGAAGUUCAACGCCACCGCCAGUGACAAAGUCACCAGCAACAACUUUGGCGUAUACCGUCACAAGUUACACAAGUCACACAAGUCAUACAACGUAUUCGGUCUUCAAAUGUGACCCUCAAACACUUAGUAAAGAGGGUUCAUUUCAUUCCCCUAACUUCCCGUAUAAAUAUCCUGCAAGAGCCAAUUGUCAAUGGACAAUCCAGAUUCCGGAAAACUUGUCAGAGAAAUACCACUUCAUCAAACUGCAGUUUCAAGCGUUUAGGGUGGAGUACCAUACGUCUUGUGGUUUCGACAGUGUUAAAGUCUAUGACAACGCAGGGUCUAAUAAGACACUUUUGGGAUCGUUCUGUGGCUUUGACAUUCCUCCACCGUUGCAAUCCACCACUUCCAAAAUGACUGUCGUAUUUACCAGUGAUUACGUCAUGCAAUUUGAAGGCUUCAAUGUAACUGUUGAGUUUACGAACACCAAGGUGCCUGCGAGUAUAAUGUUUAUCAGCGAAUCACAGUCGGUACCUAUUGGUGCAGACGUAAAACUAAACUGUUGGUCAAAAGGCGUCCCUGCUGCUGAUGUUACUUGGAAACGAAAUGGAAAAGUGUUGGUUAAAGGUUCAAGAACUGCAGCUUUAGAGCUAAAAAACGUUUCACAACUUGAUGAGGGUGUGUACACUUGUAAAGCCAACAACUCACAGAACGACACUGAUGUUGCAACGGCCAACGUUGAUGUUGCAGAGUGUCCAAAGUCUUGUAGAUGCGUCUCUGAAACUGGUGUAUUUAAAGUGGAUUGUAAAUCUUCAAAUUUAAGCUCUGUUCCGCAAGAAAUUCCGGCAGGUGUGACGGAAAUUGGUCUUACAGAUAACGUGAUAGAGGCUCUACAGACUUCAGCAUUUGCAUCCUUGAAGCUCGUUAAAAAACUGUAUUUAUCAAAGAAUCGAAUUACUCUGCUGAAAAACGGAACUUUUCGGGAUAACUCCAACUUGGAAGAAUUAUUCCUAGCCAGGAAUGAGAUCGCUGCAUUGGAAGACGGAUCAUUUUCCGGACUUGAAAGUUCUCUUGUUAUUUUGUUUCUGUCAAACAACUAUAUCGCGUCUUUGUCCAGCGGCGUGCUCGGUAAACUGACGUCCCUUAAAUAUCUAUUUCUAAGUGAUAACAAAAUUACGAGUGUGGAUUCAGGGACCUUCAAGAGCCUUUCUUCGCUUAUGCUGAUGUAA